AUGACCUACACGCGUAGCUUUAGUCCAAACGGACUAACUCGACCGAACCCUGAUUAUAUGAUGUGUGGAGGAGCAUUUCAUGCAACGACAGCCGCAAAACUCUUCGCAAUGCACCAAUUCCUCUCCUGCCUCGUGUUUUCUGGCUUUAAUUUUCUACUCUUUGGCGCCGACAAGUAUUACCUCUCCGUAUUCUGUGUUGUAUACACUGUCUAUUCGGUGGUUGUCAUUUACGGCGUUUUCCUGGAAAAGAAGUCUUUCCUCUUGCCAUUUUUAUUUAUUCAUUUUUUUAUUGCCUUGGGUUUUGUGGCCGUUACAGCAACUUAUGCCGGGUUUGGCACGUUUACCAAUUUUAUCGCCGAUCAGCACCGGGAUAGCAAGCCGUUGAGGGAUAUUUAUCAUAUGCAUGCGUUGGAUCCGGAUAAUGAGCAUAUGCAAACAGUGGUCUCAUCGGGCCUUCUCUUCUUGCUGAUAAUCUCCACGGCGGUGCAGACCUUCUCGUGGUUCGUCAUGUUGAGGACAUACAAAUGCUAUCGAGACGCUGAUGAUACUAUUCUACCCGAAAAUGGAUACCAUCGAGGGAUCAUCGCCGACAGCGGGAACGAGUAU